CCUUCUUACCGUGAACACGCAGCGCCGAAAGCGAAACCGCAGUCCGCAUCGAAAAGACUUGUUUACGUCAGAGACUCGAAAUUGUUUACAAAAGUAUACAACUUCUAUUCCAUCGUUUCAAUAAUUAACUUUAUUAACAGUGGACUGUGUACAGACUGGAGAUUGUGUUUGUGAUUGAUUUGAGACGAUUAAUUUCACGAUCGAGUGUAAUUUUCUUGAUUGAAGCGGAGAAGUGAAUGUGAAAACUUGAAAACGCCCGGAAGGACGGGUCUGCUCUCCCUCGCCCGUAUUUCCGCAACAGGUAUAUAAUGACUGUGAAGAAAGGAAGUCGAAGCGGAGGUUUAGCAUCAAUAAUUAUCCGACAAAAGCUCCACAAUCCUAACCAGCAGUUAGAUAUAGGAAGCGUGAGCAAGCCUUCUGUACACAAUUACAACAUCGUCGUCGGAUUCAACGAGAAAGACCAACUACAAUUAAUAACAAAAGAUGAAAGUAAUGAAGAUGAUACACAAAAACUCAUCAAAGAUACAAAGACUGGCAAGCACGAAAACAUCUACAUAGACGAUAUUGCCGACUGUGCUAAUAUUGAUAACUAUCCAAAUUGUGAAAACACACUAGUCUUUUACAUAAAUAAAAGUCCAAACAAAGAAGCGAUCGCUCUGAGGUUUAAAAACGAGCAAGAUUUCAAGAGAAUAUAUUUUACGUACAAAUAUUUCAAAAUGCGAAAUAGAUUAACGAGAAAUUCGACUGCUUACUCUAGCAACGAUACAUUAUUUUCUAAAAAGAAAAAUGCCGACCCGUACAGAAUAAACAGUAUCGAUGAUUAUAACCAAUAUGAUAAGCCACGUCCUGAUUUCGACUUGAUGCAAACUACUGAUAACGAUGGGGUAACUCAUUUAUCAGUACAUCAAAAAAGUGCGCGUUUCGACCAACCGUUGAGUCUGAUAGGGCUACGAAAUGAAAGGGAGGCGGGUGAAAUAGACAGUGUGAUUUACACUGAUAUUGAAAUACCAAGUAAACCUGAAAAGAAGCGGCUGUUCCAUAAAAAAGCUAAAGCCCCGCCACCACCUCUAUUACCAAUUAAUAAAGAAACUCCAAAAGUACUUAAAGGAGAGUUUGUAAGGGUAAACGUAGAAAGAUCGCCGGAUGUAAUACCGAAGGAAAAUAAGCAAAACAAAGUACCCGAUAUACUAAUGUUUAAAGAUAAUAAAUCAAAAAAGUCAAGUCCGAACAGCAACUUGUGGGCGGUCAGCAAUAAAGUGAACAGCGGCUAUGAAUCGGAUAGAGAAGAAUGGGGUAGCAGUCGGUCACAAUUCUCCACGAGAGCCUUCGACAGCCUCGCGCGUCCUACCAAAAUAGCGAUGGCACUCACACUCAAAAAACCCCAAAGACUUGAACCAGCGCCGCAAUAUUUUCGCCUGACGAGUGAAACCAAGCCAAAACUCACCCCGCUGCCCUUCAGACCAAACAACUUCCUCCAAAGACCACCAAGAUUACCUCGUCCCAAUACAGAUAUCACGAGAAACCUAAGCACAGACCACAGAAAGUAUGCAUCGCUACAACAUCUAGAAAUCCCAAUGAAACUUAGUGAACCCAAAAAGCAAAACGAGAAGAAAACUAAUUAUACAAAUAUCUCGAAUAGAAUAACAGGUUUGACGAAUAAAUUAAGAGAUUUAGGUAAUGGCAACACUAUUGGCAGGUUCAAAGCACAAUCUCACGGGGACGUAGCGAAUUUAAAACCAGUAUUGAAGGUGAAUAUGCAUGACGGAUCUAAACGAUCUGUUGUAAGGACUUGCAGUGCUGAACCACCAAAGAAAGUUACGUUUAGUGCCUUCGCUACGGUCCAAGUAGUUUAGGAUUAAAAGGUGGCAUUUUUUUACUUCAUACAUUAUUAGCUUGUGGAUGGCCACUGUUGGAUAUAGGUCUUCCCUAAUGAGAACCACCACAGCCGUUCCAUCCAACUACCUCCCGCCAACCUUUUUAUAUUCUUCCUUUUUUGCCUUCUACGCGCUCUCCACUCUGGGACUUUUUGGCUCCAACAGCCAAGCAUGGCCUGCCCACUGCCACUUCAACUUGGUAACGGAUUGGGCUAUGUGAAUGAUGUUGGUUCUCUCUCAUUGCGGAUCUUAUUCCUCAGGGAGACUCCUAACAUAGCCCUCGCCAUAACUGAGCGACUUAGAAUUUUUGGACGAGGCCGUUUGUCACUACACCCACAUUUCAGCACCAUACUUGAGCACGCGAUGGGCCUUGAUACACUGCCUAGUUACUUUCAUAUAUAUUUUCUAAAUAUGGAUUUAUUUACAAGAUUACUCUAUUCUUUGGCUGAUUUUAUUACCACUAUUAUACAUAAUUAGCUAUAAUUAGUGUCCGCGAUAAGAUUUUACAUAUCUAAGGAUUUAUUAUCUGCAAAGUUCCAUUGAUCUUCCAUAGUUCAUUGCAAACAAGAAAGAUUAAUGCGAAAGAAAAAAGGAAGAGGAAUCGCAUUUUAUUUAUUUUAUUUCCUAACGAUUUUAAAUUUUAAGUGAAGAAACGGGCCGGGAUUUUGUUAAUAUUGUAUUUAAAAAAUAUAUGGCAUUGGAAAAGUGUGAUUACAUUCUAAAUAUUAGUUCAAAGCAGAGGUUUGUCUACAGAUUACUUAACUUUAACUAUUAAGUUAAGGUUAAGUAGGUAAUAUUGUGUCUGUGUAUAAUUACUACGGAAAUUAACUUUCGGGAUAACGCGUCAUAAUUUGAUACCUAUCUCUAAU